AUGGUUAAAUUUAGCCAUCAGUUUUGGAGCGCCUCGGUUCUCCUGCUGCCAUGCUUGAGCAGCGUACAUGGCAGUAGGUUACCACCAGAGGAUCGCCAACAAACAGGGUCCUGUGUCGACAAGCCGCAGAUGCAAGAUUUUGACUCAAUCGGAGCUUGGUUUGAUGAUGUCGCAACUCUCAACUGUACCUCCAUCUCCAAAGCUCCCAAUGCCUCCAUCGCCAUUGUGGGCGGUGGUGUUUCUGGGCUCACCACCGCUCUCAUGCUGGAUAGCAUAGGUCUUCAUAAUUGGGAGAUCGUUGAAGCCAGUGAUAGAGUGGGUGGACGCUUCAGAACCAAGUUUGUCGGUGGUACACAGGAGUUUGCUGAGAUGGGCCCGAUGAGAUUGCCGUAUGCAGUUACGUACAAGAGUGAUAACUCGACACAUGAGUAUACGGAGCAUCGGUUGACAUUCCAAUUGGCAGAGACUCUCAACUCGAUGAAUGGGAAUGACUCAAAGUGGAAAGUUGACUUUAUCCCUUGGAUUCAACACCAUCCUAAUGAGCUUAUUGCUUGGGGAACCGGUCGACAUCCCGAUGGCAGCAUCCCAACAAGAGCAGACAUUCUGGCAAACUCAAGCCUCGCGAAACCACCAGCCAUGGUAUCAGCCGCUUACAACGAAACAAAGCACCGCAUGAAUGAGAUCCUCAAAAACGAAACCAUGCUCAAAGCAAUCCAAGCCGACGUCUGGCGCUCGCACAAGCUCGUCAUGGGCCAGGGCUACGACGACUGGAGCGAGCAAUGCAUGAUGAGGGAAGCUUUCCACGCCAGUGAGAAUGUAACCGAUGCUAUCUGGACUGCGACAGAUUAUGAUGUCUUCUGGGAUGAAAUGGUGCACAACUCAAAUCUCGCGUUAGAUGGAACAAAAGACUCGCUGGGCGAGACGGAGUGGAAGUGCGUUGACGGAGGCUUCAAUCGACUCACUGAUGCUUUUAUCCCUCACAUUUCCGACCGGUUGGUUCUCAAUCGCAAGAUCAGAAAGCUCGAACCAGUCAAGAGCAAAUAUGGCCAAGCUCGAACAAGACUCUCAUGGUACCCCAGCGUCAAGAACCGAACGUUUGAGUCCAAGGACUAUGACUACACCAUCAUGGCCGUUCCCUUCACGAUGACCCGCUUCAUGGACCUCCCCUCAUACUCAUCCGUCCUCGGCCGCGCAAUCAGCGAAGCAGGCCUACGCUUCAAAUCCGCCUGCAAAGUCUCCCUCCUCUUCUCCGAACGUUUCUGGGAGAAGGGCGAGCGCCCUAUCUUUGGGGGAUACUCUAUUCCUGAGAGUAGAUCCGUCGGCGCCUUAUACUAUCCUGUGUACGGAUUGAACGAGUCCCGACCUGGGCUGAUUACACACUACCGUGGUGGAGAUUGGAGUGAUCGCUACGUCAGCUUCUCGGAUGAAGAGCACGUCCAAACAGUCCUCGACGCAAUCGGGUACUAUUCAGCUGCUACUAGAGCUUGGGAUGGUGGAUGA